CUUAAGCAUGGCCGCCACUCGCUCAAGGUCACGAAAAACGGUAACAGCAAAAUAGCGUAUUGUCGCUUCUGGUUGUACUAAUCCCUCUAUUCUGUGGUCGUGCAGUCCACACGAUUGGGACAUGAUCCAAAUAGUAUGGUACCUUAGAUGAUAAACAAAGGAUAAAGUUUAGUGAUAUGACCAAUGUCAUAGAGAUUUGUGGUAAUGAUGCAAAUUGCAGAGUCGAAUUUUUAAACCAGGGCAGUGUAAUCGAAUAUGUCGAUUCUUCGCUCUCCUAUAAUGAAUACUUCUUUAGAUAUUUACUGGGCAACACUCCCUGCAUUAUUCAAAAUGCCACGGAUUCAUGGCCCAGCAGACAAAAAUGGCAUACAAACAACACGCUGAAUUUCGAAUACCUGAAAAAAAUAUUUGGCACCACUAUCGUACCUGUUGCUGAUUGUACAAAGAGAAGUUAUAAUUCUCAAAUGAAGCACAAUAUGUCAAUGAACGAUUACAUAGACUAUUGGGUGGCUUACCGUAACUCUGGACAUGCAACCAACAUGCCGUUGCUGUAUCUGAAGGACUGGCAUUGUGUAAAAAAUUAUCCCAACAUCCCCAUCUACCAAGUGCCUCAGUACUUCGGAUCUGACUGGCUUAACGAAUAUUAUACUGAGCAGGAAGGAUUGGACGAUGAUUACAUGUUUGUCUAUAUGGGGCCAAAGGGAACUUGGACACCAUUCCACGUAGACGUUUUUUCAUCUUACAGCUGGUCAGCCAAUGUUGUAGGAACAAAACGCUGGAUAUUAUUCAAACCUGGGAAAGAAGAUAGCCUUAGAGAUAAACACGGGCAACUGAUAUAUGACGUUACUUCUAUGGAUAGGCACGUUGGAACUCGACAUGCAAAACGUAAUGAGAACACCGUGGAACAAUUUGAGAUUAUACAGCGUCCAGGUGAAAUAGUAUUCGUACCAUCCGGUUGGCAUCAUCAAGUUUGGAAUCUGGAAGACACCAUCUCGAUCAAUCACAAUUGGAUCAACGCUGGUAAUAUUUGGAAUGUGUGGACAUGCUUAAAAAAGGAGUUGUUGGCUGUGAAGUCGGAAAUUGAGGAUUGCCGCGAUAUGGAUUCCUGGGAUGAACAUUGUCAAGUAAUGCUGAAAGCAUCCCAUGGAAUCAACUACGUACAAUUUUAUAAAUUUCUAUGUUUCCUUGCCAAAAAGCGCAUUGCAUCGAUCAAGGAGAUGAGUCCUAUGCUGAGUUUUGGAAGGUGGCAUCUGGGAAGAAAUCAUUGCCUUUACGAUUUGAAACAAAUUAUGCUUGUGUUAACAGACAUGAUAAAUGAUGUCCACGAAAAGGGUAUACAUUCUCUAGUAUUUCCCAAAGCCGACGCAAGUUCACUUGUUGACGAAAUCGGCCAGCUUUUACCUGAAAGUAAUUGAUUUUAAUGUCGAAUCGAAACUCUGGGGAGGUAAUGAUACAGGUUUAGAUCAGUUGUUGUUCUGUUUUUCCUUCUGUUUCAAAGAUAGAAUAGCUCUCGAUUUAUGUCGUGAUUUUUGCUCUUAUUAGUAAAACGUUCGGCGAAACAUCUCAGCUACGUGUAUUGUGGUGGUUAAAAUUUUGAGAAUAGUGGAUACAGUUCUUAUCUCAUCAAACACAAACGUUGAUAUCAUUUAUUGUUGUACCUCGAUCAAUCUUUUAUAGAAUUCAGGAUCGAAUAAUAUAUAAUUCCAUACUUGUA